CCGCGUUUCUCUGGAGGGAGCUGCAGGCAGUGAGAUCACAUCCUCGCGAUGCAGCUGCCAGCGAGUCAUAGAGCGAAUACUAGUUCAUAACUGAACUCCGGCUCAAAUCUGCGACAUACGCAUACCCUUUCACGACUAUAUUGUAGCGACAUAUAAACGCUUUGAUUUUAGAUUAUAUACACGGGUUCUUCCAGUCAUUCGGGACUAUGGAAUGCGGUUUCACUUAAAUACCUCCCCCUUGUUCUUGGUGGGCUCGCGCAUUUCGUCUCGGCUCGUUGUGUUGGAUCUCGGUGUGAAACCGAACGCAAUGUGGGCCAGAAACGAUUUUGAGGACGGAUUCGACGCUUAUAAGAUAGGUUCGAGCACGUCCUCUCCUGGAUGGGUCCCAGGCUGCGACUCCGCAUGGCAAGCUUCCUCUUCCGCCGCUGGCAUUAGCAGCCGCGGGCGACGUCACAGCGCUGCCUCGGACAGUGGCGAUACCGGCAUUGGAACCUCGUGUUCUGACAGCGUAGAAGACCACUCCAGCUCCAGCGGCACAUUGUCCUUCCAGCCUCUGCGCUCGCAAGGUCCCAUCCCUACGGCCCACGUCAUGCCAUCUCCGUCCAGCUCCAAACUCAGCGCGCCCUCUGCCCCCACCAGCCCCUGGAGCAGCUGCCAGCUCCCUUCUCCCCUCGACAGCCCCCUGGACAUGAAAGACCCCCGGCCAGUACGCCGCUGGUCUUCCCUCACCCGUCUUACCGGCCAGGAAAAGUCCACCCCUUCCGGGAGACCAUCGUACCGCAUGGACCCUCACGGCUCCCUGGAUCGAGGUGUGCUCUACGGCUACCGACAGGACCCUCUUUAUUCAGACGGCUUCCUCUCUGAGAGCCUGCACAAACUUUCCACCAACUCUGACUUUACGAAGUAUGACCUGGGCAGUAGUAACACCCUAGGUAAAACGGACUCGUCUUGUUCAUCUCCGCUCAAGCCCAGCACGUUAGACCUCACCUACAGUGCCUUACCAGAGAGCAAGACCCCCACGAUCAGUCUGGCCGGGCCCGGGCAGAGAGGUCCCACACUCAGGCACCAGGCCGUGGGAGGGUCGCCCAUCCAGCCGGCCGUACGGACGCAGAUGUGGCUGAGCGAGCAGAUGGAGUACCGGCCAGGGCCAGAGGGAUGUGGCUCGUGGCAACAGGAACAGCAGCAGCGAGAGCGACUACGGCAGGAAGCAGAACUCCCACAGAUGCUGAGUGGAAAUUCUCUCCCUGUCAAUACCUUGGUAAAGAUUAAGGAGGGACUCCUGAGGCAGAGGGAACUGGAGAUUGACCGGCAAAAGCAACAAAUCCUUCAGCUUCAUGCCAGGAUAAGGGAAAACGAGUUAAGGGCGCAACAAGUCCUCCAAAACCAGAGGGGGCGCUAUGAUGACUCGUAUCUACUCAAGGCCAAGGAUUCUCCAUAUGACAGUCCAGUAUCUGGCCAGAGUCCGAAAUCUCAGCUGCCCGAGCGAGUGAGCCCACAGUGCUGUGAGAACGGAGAGCUGGGGCGGAAAUUGGCCGCGGCAGAGAUGGAGGUCAUCCACCUCAGCGAAUUUCUCAAACAAAAUACACAGAAAUACACCGAAGACAUCAAGAAACUGGAGGAGAAGAUGAAAACACGUGACCGCUACAUCAGCAGUCUGAAGAAGAAAUGCCAGCGCGAGCAGGAGCAGAAUCAAGAGAAGCAGCAGCGCAUUGAGACGCUGGAGAAGUACCUGGCAGACCUGCCCUCGCUGGACGAGGUCCAGACACAGGCUCAGCAGUUGCAGGAAGUGCAGGGGAAGAAGCAGGCAUUGGACGACACUGUAGCCCAGCUGGAGAAAACCCUGGAGGAGAACCGAGCCCUGCUGCAGGAGAAAGACGCCAUCAUCGAGACCCAAUCCAAGCGGGAGAAAGAGCUUGUGGCUGCUGUUCAAAGCCUACAAGAGAAGGUGGAGAAGUGUUUGGAGGAUGGAGUACGGCUGCCCAUGCUGGACCUGAAGCAGCUAGAGAAGGAAAACACUCGUCUACUAGAACAACAGAGCCAGAACAGCCUGCUGAUCGACAAUCAGAAGGAGCAAAUUGACAAACUCACUCUGGAGAUGUCGGCCCUGGAAAAGAAGUUGCAGAGGGAGAGGGGGAUCACGCAGGAACUUCGCAAACAGCUUUUGGAACGUGAGGAGGAACUUGAAACGCUCUCCACAUCUCUUCAGCAGAAGCAAAGGCGGGCAGAUGAGGAGACGUUGAGUGUGGCCUCCGGGUCGUGUCUGAAGGAGGCUGGGCCCCUGUUGAAGGAGAUGUCCCUGUGUCUGCUGGAUCUUAAGGGCCUGUGCAGUGUCCUCACACAGAGAGCUCAAGGAAAAGAGCCCAACCUGGCCCUGCUGCUUGGAAUCAAAUCUAUGAGCUGCUCAGCGGAGGAGAACGAGAAGCCGCUGAUGGAGGACGGUUUACGGGCCAAGCUGGUGGAGGUGUGCCAGCUGAGAAAAGACAUUGACGAGCUGCGGACGGUCAUCUCAGACCGUUAUGCUCAGGACAUGGGUGAGAACUGUGUGACGCAAUGACGCCCGACUCUCCAGAGGCUUCCAUUUCCACCUUGUCGGGACAGACGGCGUUCCAAGCGCUUGUAAAGGGAGAAUAAAGUCAACCUGAUGGAAACAGUCUUUCUGACUACUAAAGGUUGGGCCAAGCUGUGAAUCCAGUUUACAAGGACGUCUUUUCAAGAAGUUUGUUGUUUGUUUUCUUGUGGACAUUGAAUCUUCAAGGAGUUUGAAUGAAUGUCGUGUGUUUUUAAUAUAUUUAUUGAGACUGGUGGAGGCCUUGCUGGUCCUGUCAGUCACCUUUGAGGGAAAGUAGAGCAACUGGUGUCUUAAAGUGCCUUGUGUUCCUGUUUCUGUACCUCCAAACUUCAUGAAGUCACAGUCAUUUUUACCCAAAGAAGCUGGUCCAUCCGUUUCCCAACAGCUACAAGUCGCAGGUCGACGUUCAGGAUCCUCUAUAUUGGGAAAAACACCAGGAAUCGCAGCAAACGAAGGAUCCUUCAUCGGCAACACCCUGCAUCUCAUCUGAAGUACAUUAGCGUAAAUGUUUCAUUUAAAAAUAAAAGACAGCAUAGGAAUCCAGGUUAAUCUAUUCAGGACACCGUUUAACUAUUUUUAAUUAGAAUAAAAUAUGAGCUGCUUUUUUAACGCUGCGGCACAGUUCAGUUCAGAACAAGUUGCACAUGUUGAGUUCCAAAGUCAGACAGGAAACAGAAUGUUCUGCAGAUGAUACAUUUCCUGUGACCUCCUGAACACGCUUAUGACAGUUUAUAUACUCCAGAUAAUCCUUGUUACAAUUAGGAAUAUGGACGAAAUCAAUGCAAAAACUUGUUCACUCAGGUAUUUUUAGAGUUUUCUUUUAUUCGUUGUGGUUCUGAAUCGUUUCAGAAGAGAUUUGACUCUUAAGUGUAAGUUCAUUUUGACCCCAAGCUGAGUUUGUUUUAUAGUUGAUUAUGUAAAGUCCAGAGAUGCGGUCAUGUCAACCUUUGCACACGUAUUUGCACCAAGGUGACGAACGUUUUAAAUAUUUACAGUACAAAUGUCUAUAUACUGCUUAUGUAUUGUGACUAAUCUCAUUGUAUUUAAAGUAUAUUAAGCAUGUUUAGAAUUUCAAAUGGAGGUUUUGUCAUAAUGUGCUCAUAAUAUCGUGCAUGUGCAUAGUGUUAGAAUUAUUUUUCUUUUUAUUUAAAGGAAUUGAUUAGUUAAAUAUUACAAGUAUACUGUGCUAUGCAACCUCACAUUAACCAGCAUUUAUUACACAUUUCUGCAGACAUUUAAUAUUAUUCUGUGCCUUUACGAAUCUAUGCAGCAGAACCACAGUAAUCGAAGGGUAUUUUCCAUAACUGGCAGAGACAGAGUUUUCUCCGAGAACUUUAUUUCAUAAAGGUGCAGGCGAGCUAAGCCAUAUUCACAAGCAAUGCAUAUUUUUCUCAGGCAGAGAGAGAUGCUAAUAACCUGAUGGAGAAUGUAUGUGGUGCUCUUCAUUGUGCAUUACAGGACAGUGUGAUAUCUGAUAGCAUGCUGAAUUGUGUAGAUAUAAAUAUAUAUAUAAAUAAAUACAAGAGCAAUGUGCAUUGAUUGACAUGACCGACUCACUGUGCACUGAAAGCCACUGGUUGGCUUAACAGUAUGUUUGAAUUUCACUUCAGUCUUUUAAAUCUUAAGCUUUUAAUUUUCCAGCUAGAUUUUACAAAAGCCAAAGGUCUAUUUAUGUACAACGUUUUUCUCAAAAGUAUUAACUAUUUUUCCAUUUUGUAAAAUGCUUUUCAUUUGUACAAAUGUCAAAUAAAGUAUUUUUCUACA